UUUACUGUCAUGCGCGUUGCAGUCUUUAGGGGGGUAGCAUGGCGCGUGAAGGUGAACCGUGGUUAGAAUGUUAGAUCUAGUAAUUUAAACUAACGUUGUGAGUGUGGUUUAGUCAGGCGGUGGGAUAUUUUACAGGUGACUGGAGGUUUUCUGACUAGACGCUGGUGUUAAGUUCCUAGCAGUCUACGGCGGGUCAUGGCUGGUUUCUCCAGCUACGCUGCACGCAUCGCCAGACUGAGCGCCCAGAUCUUUGGGGAGGUCGUUUGUCCGACAGACUCCAGAUCUAUGAGAGUGGUCAAACUGUUCCAGGAGCCGCCCCUGGCCAAGCAAAAGGAAGUGUAUGGCUGGUACCCACAGCACAAGAUUUACUAUGCUAUGACCCAGAAGCUCAGGUUCAUGGGUCUGUUUAGAGAUGAGCAUGAAGAUUUCAAGGAGGAGAUGCGUCGCCUGAGGGAGUUACGAGGAAAAGGGAUACCAAAGAAAGGAGAAGGCAAGAGGGCGGGCAAGAAAAAAUGAGCUGCAACAUUCUACUUUAUGCACAGGACAUUUUCUCUUUCUCUUCACAGAGGCUGACUAAAAGGUUUUUUUGUGCAAUUUGUGGUAUUGCAGUUAAUCAUUUUAUUGGUUCAGACUGUAUGACAUGUUGCAUUUAGUAGAAAAUCUAAUUUUGAACUUGUUUGAUAAUGUGUUAAUGUCUUGUUUGGGGACUACAAUCAUAUGAAUCAUGUAAAACCUAUCUCACCUUUUCAUAUUGUAAAAUAUUCCUCUGAAUAUUAGCUGAAGCUUCAGAUCUUGUGUUAUUGUCUUCAGGAUGUUUUUGUUCAAGCUUUUGAAAGCCUGAAGCUUCCCAUCAAGUAUUAUUGGAAAGUUUAAAAAAAGACCUCUUCAGAUGAUGUCAUCAAAAUAAAUUUUUCAGGUGGAAUCAGUCAAAUGACUAUGUGAUUUCAGUUGGUUGCUAGUAAACAAACUUACUCAUU